AUGCCCAGUCCGAUCAGCAAUGUCGAGCUUGUGGAAAAAGCCGACACCACCAACCCUGCCAUGCUGGUAAAGGAUGGAAUUGUCCACCGAGACGACGUUCGAGCCGGGGAGGAGGGCCGUAUUCGUCAAGGUAUCAUCGUCCGAGGAGACGUGCAUCAAGGCAUACGAGAUCCUGAACUCACUAUCGCCCGUCUUCGUGAAUGUGCACAACGGCUUCGGCUUCGACAUCGAGAGAAUCGCGGUCUACUGCGCCAACGUCCUCGGGCUCACGGACACGUUCGAGAACAAAACGGGAUCUCGGUCAUGGACUCAAUGUACAACGUGGACAAGUACCUGCCCUGGGACUGGGUCUCCAUCUUCCCCAAGAUGGCCGAGGUCCUGAACCUACCUCUGAAGCUGGACGUGGACGAGAUGAUGAUCAGACCGAGGGACGACUACGAUGUUAUCCAGAUGCUCAUCUACAAGACCAGGGACUCGGACCUGCACGCGGCCAUCUACAGGGACACGGACUCAAUAUUCGUCUGGGUUAAGGGCAACACGGAGCAGGUUUACAUGAACGCGGGCAUCAAGUGGUACUACCAGUCGAUCAUCAUAUCGGCCAAGAAAAAAGCACACACGACCACUGAGAUCAUCGGCAACAUGAGCUACAGCUCGUACAACAACGACCAACUUGGCCUGGUCCACAUGGCGUUGUGUGUCCCGUGCGGGGGCAUGGUCGAGUUGAAGCUCGGGCCUGCGCAACUCCACAACAUCACUCAUCGACUUACCACCGCGUGCGUGUGGGAGGUGUAUUGCGCCGGCUGCGCGGAGAAAGACGGUGUCCUGCCACCCGGUGUCAAGGAAGACGAAGUCAUGGAAGACAGUGUCAAUGACUCUUCAGAUGGUGUCAAGGAAGAUGAUGUCAAGCCAGACGAAGUCAUGGAAGACGAUGUCAAGGAAGACAAUGUCAAUGACUCUUCAGAUGGUGUCAAGCAAGACGAUGUCAAAGAAGACGAUGUCAAGGAAGAUGAUGUCAAGCAAGACGAUGUCAAGCAAGACGAUGUCAAGCAAGACGACGUCAAAGAAGACGAUGUCAAGGAAGAUGGUGUCAAGGAAGAUGAUGUCAAGCAAGACAAUGUCAAAGAAGAUGAUGUCAAGCAAGACGAUGUCAAAGAAGAUGAUGUCAAGCCAGACGAAGUCAUGGAAGACGAUGUCAAGGAAGACAAUGUCAAUGACUCUUCAGAUGGUGUCAAGCAAGACGAUGUCAAGGAAGAUGGUGUCAAAGAAGAUGAUGUCAAAGAAGACGAUGUCAAAGAAGACGAUGUCAAGCAAGACGAUGUCAGAGAAGACGCUGUCAUGGAAGACGAUGUCAUGGCAGGCCGUGGCAGUGGCAGGCUGGACGGUCUAACCAAUUACGCGGACAGAAACGGCUUCACCUUCAACGACCUGGCGAUGAACAAGAUUCGCCGCACAGGCAAGCGCUUCAGAAAGACGACCUUCCCGAACCCGGGAGCCUACAUCAACAUCUUCGCUUUCAGACGCAUGUUCACGCCCGAUGUCAAGGCUGCCUGCGUUCACCCGUACGGUAUGUCCAUGGACAUGGAGAUGGAGAUGAUCUCGAACUUCUUCGGCAUGGACAAGUCCAUCAUGACCCCAACAAUCGAGACUGAGCUCGUAGAUCCUUCCGUGCUUCUGGCCGCGCACCAACAAAACUAA